GGAGGGGUCCUUUUCCUUUCCGAGUCGCCACCGGCUGCCAGGCUGGGGGUUCAGCGGGGCUGCGUGCGCGGAGGAGCGAGGCAGCCGAGCCCGGGCGCCGCCAUGUAUUACAGGUUCAGCGGCUUCACGCAGAGGCUGGUCGGGGCCGGCGCCUCCGCGGCCUACGCCCCUCAGGGACUCAAGCCAGUCACAUCUGUGGAAUCACCACCUCUCAUCUUUGGAACACCAACAAAAAUUGCCUCAGAAGCACCACCAACGGUUGAGUUUUGGGGUAAAAACAAGGUACCAGAACUACAGAAGUUCUUUCAGAAGCCUGAUGGUUUGCCGGUGCAUUUGAAACGGGGCCUUCCUGAUCAGCUUCUUUACCGGACCACAAUGGCACUAACAAUAGGAGGGACCAUCUACUGUCUGAUAGCUCUCUACAUGGCUGCCCAUCCAAAAAGACAGAAGUGAAUAUCUGACCAAUGGGGGCUAGUUACUAUCCUCUAGACAGAGAGUUUGCAUUUAACUCUCUGCUGUUCCACUUCAGUCAUGUGACUGUAGCAGAGAUUCCAUAUUGAGAUUAAGGAAGAUAAUUUAGGAGAAUAAUGACAUUUCAAUAUUUAGGAAGAGGAGAGCAAAAUUAGUACCAGGAGGUGGGGAAAAGCCACAGUUUCCAGUGUCAUUCUGCAUUCUUGGCACCCUUCACUAUGAAAUAGAGAAUGGUCUGUGUAAGUUCCAAAGAGCAAGGCAUGGCAAGUUCAUGAUGGGAACUGGAAAUGGAGUUACAGUGGUGCCUCGGGUUACGAAAUUAAUUCGUAACGCGGCCGCUUUCGUAACCCGAAAAGCCUUCGUAAGCCGAAUUGCCAUAGGCGCUAAUGGGGAAAAGCCGCGAUUCCGUGCGAAAAA